ACUAUUCAAGUUAAUAUUGUUUUGACAGAAUCAUUGUUGUUAUUAGUUGGUUUACAUAAUUUUGUGUUUUUCAUCAUUAAACUACGUUAAAUACAUCUUUAAUCAAUUGCGGCAUAAAAUUGUUUCAACCUUUCUCCGAUUUUAAAUUAACUAUCUACUGAUUUCAAGUUGCAUUUAACAUUAAUCAGCUCCAAGUCAAUAACGGUAACUUAACCUCGUGUUUCUCUGGUUAUUUUUGUGCAAUAAUUGGAAUUACUUUUAUUGUUAGAAAUGAUUAAAUCAGAUAAAGAGGUUAAUUACAAGCCUUCUUUGAUCUGGCCAAUGGUUCUUUUCUUUGUGUUUAUCCAUUUGGCUUCAUUUUAUGGAUUUUAUUUGUCAUUUUAUGCCAAAACACAAACUCAUCUCACAGUUUAUCUUCUCAUCGUAUUUGGUGGUCUUGGUGUAACUGCUGGAGCUCAUCGAUUAUGGUCUCAUGGAGCUUACAAAGCCAAAUUACCGUUGAGAAUAUUUCUAGCUGCUCUUCAAACCUUAUCACUUCAACGAGACAUUUAUGAAUGGUGUCGAGAUCAUCGGAUUCACCAUAAAUUUUGUGAAACUGAUGCUGAUCCACAUGAUGCUAGGCGAGGUUUCUUCUACAGUCAUAUUGGCUGGUUAAUUGUUCAAAAACAUCCAAUGGUUAGUAUUAGGAGGCAACAAAUUGAUUACUCUGAUCUUCUUUCUGAUCCAGUCGUCCGUUAUCAAAGAACAUUUUACAUUCCAUUGGUGAUUCUUUUAGGAGUUGUCAUUCCAACUUUAAUACCAUAUUAUUUUUGGUCGGAAGAUUUGAUAAUUUCACUUUUUACAUGUUUCUUUCUGAGAUAUGUAAUUUCCUUACAUAUCGCUUUCUGUAUAAAUAGUGUAGCUCAUAUGUAUGGUCAACGUCCUUAUGAUAAACAUAUCAAUUCCAGAGAUUCAUUGGGACUUGCGUUGACUGCUAUGGGUGAAGGUUUCCACAAUUAUCAUCACACAUUUCCACAAGAUUAUUCAACAUCUGAAUGGGGCUGGAAAUUCAAUUUAACCACAUUUUUUAUCGACAUCUGUGCUUACCUUGGAUUAGCCUACAAUUUGAAGACAAUGGACAAGCAAACAAUUGCCGCAAGAAAGUUACGUUCCGGUGACAAAAUCAAUUAAUAGACCAACAAACUUCAAAUUACAAGCAACUUAAACUUGGACCAAAUUGGACCAAAAAUUUUAAUUUAUUGUUUUUGCUAAGAAUAAACGUUUCAAAUUUUGCAUCGUUACUAUUAAUGAUCAUUAUAUCAUUAAAAUCAUCUCAUAGCUAUUCUUAUUUAUUAA